AUGGAUGAAGAGUUUCUGGGUCGGCCUAUUGUUUACCUCCCGAACACUCAUAUCCGCGACCAGGGGUUGGUCUUCAGUCCACAGGAGGAGAUCAUCUACCGUGCAGUUGAAGCAAAGUACAUCAAAGUCAUGAAUGAGCAAUUGGAGGAAGAUGGCAAAACCAAAACCGAGGACGACGACUCCGUUCAGAGCAAAGGCGGAUGUGGGCAGGACAACUCAGAUGAUGACGACUCAUCAGAAGAUCAUGACGACAAUAGCUUAUCAGAAAUGCAGGAUGAUGAGGAGAACAACCUUGGAAUGAUGCUCGUGGGAUUGAACCGCCUCCGGCAGAUGACCGCACAUCCGCUCUUGAUUGAGAAUGACAUUAAGGAAAUAUUCAACCUCGAAGAACUAGAGGCUAUCCACAAGCGGCUCGUUGAUCUUCAGGAGCCCCGAGACUUGAUCUGUCGCCGAUUUGGAAUCCUCGUCAAGCACAAGAAAGGUGGAAAGGUUGAGAACAAUAACCAGGACUCAGAUGGUUGCAUCUGCUUGUUCUGUGGCGACUUUGCUGAGGAUCCCCAUUUUAUCCCCGGAUGUAGACACAAAUUCUGCAAAUCUUGCAUCGAGAAUGAUGCUCAUUGCGCUGUUUCUGAAGGAGAAGAUCUGCCACACUGUCCAGAAUGCCACCGGGCAUACGAAAUUACAUCUCUGAAACGUGUUGCAUCCGGCAAGAAGUCCUCAAGCAAGUCCAAAAAGGCGAAAAAGGAAUCGUCGAAGAAGCCAAUACAUAAUGGAGAGGAUUCGCUGGGAAACCUUCCACCACAAGUCCACAUGCUUUGGCUCCAUGAAUAUGAUGCCGGACGCUCGAAGAUGCCCCCAAGCACCAAACUUACGGCUCUCGAAAGUCAGAUACGCACAUGGAUGGUCGAGGCGCCUGAAGACAAGCAUAUUAUUUUCACGCAAUGGAGAGGGUUCGCUGGAGUCAUUGGCCGAGUUUUGAAUGAAAGAAAAGUCGGCUUUGUAUAUUUCACAGGCGACAUGAGCUUAACUCGUCGUGAGAAAGCAACAGAGCAAUUUGCAUCCGAUCCGUCCAUCCAAAUAAUGGUUGCGACACUAAAGACAGCUGGAGAGGGAUUGAACCUUGAGUCUGCAAAUAGGGUUAUUUCUCUUGAUCCAUGGUGGAAUUACUGCUCCGAACGACAGGCAUUCUGCCGAGUGUACAGGAUAGGCCAGCAGAAGGAGACGUACUUCACCAGACUGAUUAUGGCCGACUCAGUCGAUCAAAGAAUUCUAGAGUUGCAAGAAGAGAAGAUCGCUAUGAUCGAUGGAAUGAUGAAGUCAAAAAUCACAAAGCUUGAGAUGGCCAAGCUGUUUGGUCGGGUCUUCACCGACAAGAAUGGACGAACGAAGAUCGAAUCUGUCAACAACAAGGAGACCAAGGAAGUCGAGACCAAAGAAUCAGAAUCAGAGUCAGCUGCCGAGGAGCACGACGAGCAGACCGAGGAGUCUGAUCCCGAAGACGAUACAGACGAAGAGGAUUCAGACGGCGAUGAUUCUGAUUGAAGGACACAUAUUUCUAUUCGCCAUGGGAGGGGAGUUUAAAAUUUCAAGAUUCAACAUCGACAUGGUUACACUUCAAGAUAAAUAUUGCUACUUUACAAACAUAUUUAGGUUCAUGCUGCCUGGG